CAUAAGGGAUCGGUGAUUCAACAAUCAGCGGCAAAAUUCCUGGAACCAAGAAAAUAUAACUCUACUCGACGCCGAGAGAAAUCCCCGGCUACCGGCGACCCCUUUUUCCCACUCUACUUUUCUCUCCCUGCGGCCACGUUCCAGAAAAACUUCAAAUUGAAUCCUCGGUUCCUCUGCCGCCGGAACCUCGGUCGGGAUUCUGCUCCUGUUUCUCCAUCCCUGCAGUCAUCUCGGGUGUACCUAAAGAUUAAUCUACUGAAUCAAUAUCCUUCACUCUUUGUGUAUAAAACACCUCACGAUGGUAUUGUCACAGAAGCUACACGAAGCAUUCAAGGGCACCGUAGAGAGAAUAACCGGUCCUCGCACUGUCUCUGCCUUCAAAGAAAAAGGAGUCCUUAGCGUAAGCGAAUUCAUUCUCGCUGGAGAUAAUCUCGUCUCUAAAUGUCCCACCUGGUCCUGGGAAUCUGGUGAACCAAACAAGAGGAAGCCAUACUUGCCACGAGACAAACAGUUUUUGAUUACUAGAAAUGUUCCUUGCCUACGAAGAGCUGCAUCUGUAGAGGAAGAAUAUGAAGCUGCUGGAGGUGAAGUUCUACUUGAUAAUGAAGAUAAUGAUGGCUGGCUGGCAACUCAUGGAAAACCAAAAGGUAAAUGUGAUGAGGAUGAGAAUUUACCAACCAUGGAGGCCUUAGAAACCAACAAGAAAAACACAAUUCCGUCAAUCCCCACAUACUUUGGAGGUGAGGAAGAGGAAGAUAUUCCAGAUAUGGCGGAGUAUGAAGAACCUGAUAACAUAAUUGAAACAGACCCUGCAACACUGCAGACUAUAUAUCUUGUGGCUCAUGAACCUGAUGAUGAUAAUAUUUUGCGGACCCGAACUUAUGAUGUCAGCAUCACAUAUGAUAAAUAUUACCAAACUCCACGUGUUUGGCUCACUGGGUACGACGAGUCGAGGAUGCUACUGCAGCCAGAACUUGUCCUCGAGGAUGUCAGUCAAGACCAUGCACGUAAAACGGUAACCAUUGAGGAUCAUCCUCACUUGCCUGGGAAGCAUGCAUCUGUUCAUCCUUGUCGACAUGGAGCUGUUAUGAAGAAAAUUAUUGAUGUUCUAAUGUUGCGUGGCGUGGAGCCUGAAGUUGACAAGUAUCUUUUCUUAUUCUUGAAAUUCGUGGCCUCUGUAAUUCCAACGAUUGAGUAUGAUUACACCAUGGACUUUGAUCUCGGUAGCUCAAGCAACUGAUUUCAGAUAAUUGCCACGAUCAUCGUGUCAUUAUUCCACUGCCAAUGUUUAAACAGCUAGCCAAAUGGUACUUGCUUGAUUGAACAUGGGAGUUAUUGCCUAUUGUGUGUCAGCGUUAGAUCUGGAGGGACUCUAUUUCUGGCUUCUAUUUGUUCUUUUCCUUUUCCUGUUGCUGCUUUGGGUGAUUAUACCUUGAUUCUUUUCUCUCGGGUUUGCCAGAUGGAAACGCUGCAGGUUUUCAUGGAGGAACUAAAACAGGAUUUGGUUACGUUAUCUGCAACUCUUUGUUCUUUGUACAUAUUAUGGCUCUCUUUAAUGUAAUUUUAAAGAGUUAUAUAAGAUUAUGAAUUUAUUUGCAGUAAUUUUUUUUUAAAAAAAAAAAAAAAAAAAAUCAAGAACUGUUUGCCGCAGUCAAGUAAGGAGUGAGUUAUUCAGAUUGUAUAUGUGACCUUGUAUGAUUUUAAAAAUUGACGCAAACACAUAUGAAGACAAUAUUGCAUUCAAUUCUGUAUAAAUUAUACGAGUUUAUUCGGCC